AUGGGGGCCUCCCCUGCUAAUGCGGCUCCCACUGCUUCCCUGCAGAGAAGACAGAAAAUUUCAGGUCUCCCUGUUGUUUACCAUGAGGCGUACAGUGCUCCUCAGCUGCCACCUGGCCACCGAUUCCCCAUGGUGCGCAUCUGCUCUGUACCAUUUUAUGCGGCAGAUCACCUUGUGCAUGUUCCAGACGAGCUUCCCACCCAUGAGACGCUGCAAUUGGUGCACACUGCAGAAUUUGUGGACAGCUUCACUGGAGGAACGUUGGACGAGGCUCGCAUGAAGCGGAUCGGCUUUGGGGAUGUCACGCGGAGCCCUGUGCUCAUAGAGAGGACUCUCGCCGAAGUUGCAGGCACGCUGCUGACGGCGCGGCUGGCGCUGCGCCACGGCCUGGCAUGCAACACAGCGGGGGGCACGCACCACGCGUUCCCUGACAGCGGCUCGGGCUUCUGCAUACUCAACGACCUGGCCGUCACGGCUGCCGUUUUAUUGGAGGAAGCUCGCGUCGAGCGCGUGCUCAUUCUGGACCUGGACGUGCACCAGGGAGACGGGACGGCACUCAUGUUUCAGGAUGAGCCACGCGUGUUUACAAUGAGCGUGCAUGGCGAAAGCAAUUUUCCGGCGCGCAAGCAGCGCAGCGACCUGGACGUGCCCCUGCCAGAUGGCACUGCUGAUGACGAGUACCUCAGGGUGUUGGGGGAGAUGCUGCCGCCAGUGCUGAGCUGCUUCCAGCCAGAUCUGGUGCUGUACGACGCUGGAGUGGACCCCCACAAGGAUGACUCACUCGGCAAACUGGCGCUGACAGACCAGGGGCUGCUGCGCCGCGAGCUGCAGGUGCUGGAUACCUGCCUAGCAGCGGACAUUCCUGUGGCCGGCUAUGUGGGCGGCGGAUACAGCCCAGACUUGAAUGUCCUUGCGAGGCGGCACACCUUGCUCCACCGAGCGGCAUCUGAAAUGUGGGAUUCUUAUGAGCUUGGCAGCAGGGAGUCCAUGCCUGAGUAG